CUCUCUGUCUUUAGGAGUAGCUAGCCAUGGCUGCAGGAAGUGGGUCUCCUUGUGGUGCCUGCAAGUUCCUCAGGAGAAAAUGUGCUUCUGAUUGCAUCUUUGCUCCUUACUUCUGCUCGGAGCAGGGCCCUGCUCGAUUUGCUGCCAUUCACAAGGUGUUUGGUGCUAGUAAUGUCUCCAAGCUCUUGUUACAUGUUCCUCUCCCCGAUCGAUGUGAAGCUGUCUUCACCAUCGCCUAUGAAGCUCAGGCCAGGAUCCGUGAUCCUGUCUAUGGUUGUGUUGCUCAUAUCUUUGCACUUCAGCAACAGGUGGCGUACUUGCAAGCCCAAUUGAUUCAAGCUAAGGCUCAGCUGGCUCACAACCUUGCAGCUGGUUCAAAGUCAUUAGAGAACCAUUGGCCUUCUAGGACUGCCGGGCCAGUCGGUGGUGGUGGUGGAGAAGUGUCUCCCCAGGUCCCUUAUCCGGCAUACAUGCAUUCCCUUACACCUCAGAGCUCCCUGGACUUUCUGGACCAGAGUAGUGAUGGAAUGGUGAUACAGGACAUGCUGGACAGAGAUGAUAUACCCUUCCAACCUUGUGCUAAGAAAAGAUUGUCCACCAAUGACUUGGGUGAGCUUCAAGCUCUGGCUCUUAGGAUGAUGAGGAACUGAUUCAUCCUCCCCCCUCUCUCUCUCUCUUUCUCUCAAUGUGAUAAGGAUGAUGAUUGAAGAGUGAUGUCUGUUGGGGAUAAUGUUGAUCUCUAUGCCUGUAAAUACAAAAGAGCUCUGGAAAGAAAACUGACCAUAAUGUGAACAAAAGCCUUUGGGAGGUGUCUGCUUUUCUUGGAAGAAAAUACAAUAUCAAUGCCAAUUAGUAGUAGUAACUUAAUACUAUUUUGCCUCU